AUGGCGGCGUCCGCGAGGCCCGGGGAGAGGGCGACCAGCUUCGCCGUCGCGUGCAGCCUCCUCAGCUGCUUCGUCCGCCAGAACGGCAACGCGAUCGCCGAGCUAGGCCUCAGGAUCCAAGCGGAGGCCGAGGAGGCCGAGAGGAGGAAGGAGACCAUGGAGCUGUUCCCUCAGAGCACCGGGUUCGGCGUCAAGGAUGCUGCUGCCCCUAGUUCCUUUUCUGUUAGCUAA